UGAUUUACACUUAACAGUCAGGCACUUUUCAGAGUUGGUGGUGGUCGUCUGUUGUGCUGGUAGCGAUGGUGGCCUUGUGGAAGGUCGUUAGUGUGGUCGUUGUGGUGGUCUUAACAACCAUAGCAAAUCUGGUACCUGUUCAAGGAUCCACCUGCAGGACCCCAGAUUCCGCCAGAGGAACCUGCACGAAGGUCCACGAUUGCCACGCCCUAAGAGGCCUGGUUAACUCCGCCUUCAGAAACAAGAGGCCCCAAGAGGUCUCCCUCCUUCGCCAGCACGUCGACAGCUGUGGCUUCGACCGCAACAACCUGACGGUGUGCUGCCCGAUGCCCUUUCCCGGGGUUGCUCAGGAGGUCAUGGCCGAGCUGAAGCAGUGUGGCGUGAGAGCCUUGACAGACAAAAUCAACCUGGGAUCCGACGCGGUUCUCAAUGAGCUCCCCUGGAUGGCUUUGCUGAGAGGAAAAGUGGGGGAGAGAGCAGCCUGGCACUGCGGGGGCGUCCUCAUCCACCCCCGCUACGUGCUCACUGCCGCCCACUGCGUCAGCGACCCCAACAUACCAAAUCUUUCUCUCGUGGGCGUGCGUCUCGGGGAGCUCGACCUCUCGACGAACCCGGACUGCGACCGCGGACUCUGCAACUCGGUGGUCGACGUCGGGGUGGAACAGGUCCUCGUCCACCCGGAGUACAACAAGGACUGCCCCGCCUGUCACGACCUGGCGCUCCUGAGGCUGAACCGCCCGGUCGAGGACCUUCUCUGCGUGAGUCUCUCUUCUGUGCACACGUACUCUCUCUCGACGCAUCACAAACUCACCCGCAUGCUAAUCCAUCCCCUCCACCUUAACCGUUUUGCAAAUCCUCCCGCGCCCCAGAUAUACCCGAUCUGCCUCCCUCUGGAUCCUGAAGAGGAGUUCGGUGCCAGCAUUGACGCCCUUCAGGCCUCCCGUGACAUGGGCCUGAUCGGCGGCUGGGGCUCCGUCUCGGGAGACCCGUUCAACGUCCAGCUGCCGACCGUGCUGCAGAAGGCCUUGGUGCCCCUCUUGCGGACGCCCUUUUGCGAUGCCCUCCAGCAGAAGUACCCUGACCCUUCGUCCACCCUUUGUGCGGGCGGCGAGGGCCCAGGCACGUGCAAGGGGGACUCGGGGGGCCCUCUUAUGAUCGACAACCGCUCGAGGACGAGGUGGUACGUCUUGGGCAUCACCAGCAAGGGGCCCAGGGCGUGCGGCGUCCCGAACACGCAGACGCUGUUCACGAACGUCCACCACCACCUGCCCUGGAUCCUCUCCAACAUGAGGCCCUAACCACUGGUGAAGCCGCCGGGUAUGUGAAACAGUGACAAAGAAUAAUACAUGUCAGCCAGGCGAUAAACUAGACGCGAAAAGAUAAUGUCUAUGCACAUUAUUACAUUCAUUUAGACAUCAUGUUCCUUAGAAUGCCAUCAAAAUAUGUGAUUUUCAUCGAAGAAAUGAUGAUGGAAUAGAAGACCUACGUUUCAUUUUCUUAUUUUCAAUCACCACGGUCAUCUAUGUAGGGAGAUUCACACUUCUCUCUAUACUCUUUGCAACUCAUCGAGUCUGUAUUUCUACGAGACCCUUUGUUAGAUAUAUUGGGAGAAACAUAAAAACAAUAAUCCUUUA